AUGCCUUCCCCCGUCAUCACCACGACUGUUGCUAUUGUGUCUAGUGCUACAAGCAUUGGCUUGGCAUUCUAUGCAUUAAAGCUACGCGCUAAGAUUGCAUCCAUUGCACUUGAUAAAAAGACAACCACGAAUGUCAUCAAGACCACCAAGAUCUUACGCGACAGCCAUGGCAACAGACUUUGGAACGCCGAGGAGCUCAUUGCACAACGACGUAGCAUCUUUCCACCAAAUUUUGACAUUGAGCGUCGCGUGUCCCGUGAGGUUCUGACCAAGAUGCUGGAAGGUGCCAACUGGGCGCCCACACAUGGCCGUACUGAGCCCUGGCGCUUCGUGGUGUUUGAAGCCCCUGACAAACGCCUGGAGCUUGGCCAGCUCAUGGCAAACGUGUACAAGAACACGGUCCCUCCCAACAAGUUCAUUGAGACUAAAUACAAGAAAAUGAUAUUUAACUGUACUGCAUCGUCUCAUGUCAUUGCCAUCUGCAUGAAGCGCCAGAAGAGUGGCAAGAUUCCAGAGUGGGAAGAAAUAUGCUCUGUGGCUUGUGCUGUACAGAACAUGCAUCUCGUCGCUACUGCUUACGACAUUGGUGCGUACUGGAGCUCAGGGCCACCUAUUACAAUGUCGCAGGAGAUGAAGGGCUAUCUUCAACUUGCCGAGGCGGACAAGUGCUUGGGACUGUUUUACGUUGGCGUGCCCAAGGAAAACGCCAAGAUUGCGAAGGGUGUUCGCAAACCAAUUGGCGAGAAGGUCACGUGGUUUUGA